UAUCUAAAAAUUCUCCAUUAAAUGAAAGGUACACUGAGUAUCCCUAACCUCCCAUAGCCAGUCCAUAUUUCGUUCACAGUGGGUGGUUUUCCUUCGCUUUGCGUGACCAGUGUGCGUGACUUAUCACUUCAAACGCAAAACAAACACAAUCAACAUUUUSUUUGUAAAACUUGUGAAGUACAUUAGARAAAUGSCCUGUGAAAACCAUAAGAAAGAAGUASACUUGACGAGUUUUCCAAUCGCGACACAGAUUGGAUUAUUUGGUUCACUUCCUUGUUGAGUGUGAUCAAAGGUCGCAUCUUGUCGAAUGCCGAUAGGAAGCAUUGUUUGGAAAGCGAAGGAAACGCAGAAAAACAAAGAUUUCCGGUUACAUUGUGGUUUCUAUGAAUUUCAAAUUAAUUGCUUGUCCUUAUUUUGCUACCAAAUCAAAUUGUGCGCAGUGGUUUCGUCCAAGCGCCGUCAACGACUGUUUUUUUUUUGUUAUUGUCACAAAAGAAGCAGUCAGGGUCACUGGGUCAGCACGAAGAUGCAAUCAAGUUUGACAGUGAAGAUUAGUCAUGAUCAAACCCUUCACUCUUUAAAUUUUCUCCUCAAAAGGAAGCGAAAUGUCUUCCAGAAGAAGCAUUGAAACCACCUUUAACAGAAAUGAUUUUAUUUCUUGCCUCGGAGUCGGUCAACAAGAACUAUCUUUGAUAUAAACUCUGUGUUUAUAAACAGCAAAUUUCAUCUACAACAUGGAUGAAAAUCCACUCAACUAUUUGGCUAGCUUAGAGACCAUCAAAUGGUCUGACAAGAACUACAAUUUGAGCACGUUUCUGGACCAGAAUGGAGAAUCUUUACCACACGUUGUUAAAGUCAUCGAGGGAUUUUGUGGCGUUGCCUCUUCAUGCACGAUCGAUUCUGGUCAACAUUUAAUCUUACACGCUCUCCACAAAGAAAUCAAAAUCCUUGCCAAGGAUUCUAAAGAUUAUGACCUUUUUAUUCCCCAAAAUUUCCAGGUGAAAGUGGAAAUGGUUCCAAAGCAUUCGUUUGAGGAAUAUUCCACCAUCAGGGAUCUGCUACGUACGUUUCCUAACUACUUUCGCGUUAUUGAGGACAUUCCUUCGCUCGACAUCACAUCAGACACCAUCUUCCAAGUAGUUCGACAAAACACUUUUACUAAUUACAUAGAAUGUUCACAAGUUGGGAAAGAUGAGAAUGAAGGAAAAACAAAGUUUACUCUCGAUCUUCAAGGAAGAUUUCAACCUCUUCAAGAUAGCAGAGAAUUCUUUGUUGAUGAAGUCCUUAUGGAGGACUGCCUUCCUGUCACAGUUCAUUUUGUAAAAUCGAUGAAUACGUGCUCAAAAGGAAACAGCAAAGUCUCUCUGGAUGAACUAGGGAAUGUGCUCUUGAUAGGACAAUGUGAGACUGAGUCUGUAUUUGCAACCCUGCUAAACUGCAAUGGGAAAUCCCUUGCUGUAUUUCCAAGAAACUUAAAUAUCACAGUACAACCUGCUGAAGUCAAUGAUGACAAAUACAUGACACUGCAGAAAGAGAUUAUUGUGAAUCAGGACAAAACACUGAAGCGAAUUCAAAGACUGAACAAACUGGGAUUGUAUCAAGCAAGAAACCCCAUCCAACAGUUUCCUUUGGUUGACAUUCUGCCACCAAUAUUUCCAAAGUCUAGAGCACAGUCAGUAAUGGAGGGUCAUCUAGGAAAUAUCCCUAACUUAAUGAAAGAGAGAAGUAAUUCAACUCCUCCUGAACCAACACUGGUCCAACCACAGCAAAGUGUGACAAUGAAAAGCCCUUUUAAGAGAGGUAUCAAGAAGACACCAAUGACGGGGUCAUGUCAUAGCUCAAAUCCACAAACUCCACAACAGAACAACAUUGACAAGAAACAUCCAACCUACAAACCCCCACCUAUUCCAGCAAACACAGCACCACCUCUUCCACUAAAGGACAAAAAUAAAUCAAAGCAAAGUCAAGAUYCUGCCUCACCUCCUCAAAUAGAAACAUUGAAACAACCGAGUCCCACCACUCCGACACCUCCGCCCCGAAGACGACGCAAGACACAGAAAAAGAAAACUGAUGUCCCUGAUGGAAUUAUUGAUGACGAAGGUUAUGUAAAGAUGAAUCCAUCCGAUGAGAUCAAGAUUAGUGAUGAGUAUGAACAAAUGAAACUGCCCUUUCAACAUACGAAUCCACCAUCCACAGAAAACUACAGUGAAUCAGAUAUGACACUGGAAGAACUUUUUGCUGUUGCUGAUGAUGACACAAAUGAAAAAAACGAGAACACUGUCCCAGUUCUUGGAAAACAUGAUGUUGAUAUAAAUCAUAAUCUAACUCCAUGUGAUUCCUUUGAAGUUGAUAAUAAUGAUCUGCAUGAUUAUUAUAAUAUAAAAAAUUUGGACCUUUCACAAAUUAACAAAAAUGUGGACUCUCAUGAUUAUGAGAACACUCCCAAAGAGCUUCCUGGAAAAUCAGGUGAAGAUGACCAGGGAGUGCAUACUUAUGAAAAUACCAAAACACUUGACUUAAGUACUUUAGCAAGACUAUCACUUAAUGAAGAACAACAUACCAAUAUUUGCAACACAAAUGACCAAGUCUCAUUGAAUACUGAUAGCAGAAAAAAUAGGUAUGCCUAUGAAAACACAGCACAUUUGAAUCGGGAUUUGCCUCAACAAGCACCAGAAAGAACAUUAAUUGACAAUGAACCUUCUCCCAGCUACAUGAACACCAAAAUCACAGACUUUCAAGCUCCAGGAGCUAAUACAUCAGCUCCAAUUUAUGCAAAUGUUAAAGAUGAUUCUGGAUAUGAUAAUACUACUGGUACGACUUUUAAACAAGAUGCGUCCAAUGGACAAACUUCUGUUAGCCAAAGGAAGGCUUUUGAAGAGGUUAAUUCUUCAAUAAGGAUUAGAAGUGAUGACAAUAAUCCUGGGUAUGAAAACACCUUGAAUUUGAAUAUCAGCAAAGGAACAGAAACAACAUGUAGCGACAAAACCCAUUUUGAUAUGCUUCACUCUAGUCAAGCUAGAACCCUAACAAAGACCCAACAACUUGUGUAUGAGAUUUCACAAAAAAGACCAAGUCCAAUAGGGAUGGACGAAACUCUGUUGCAUGACGAAGACCAAUAUACCUGCAUGGACAGAGGGUAUCCUUGUGCAAACAGCAAUUUAGAUGCAACAUUUGGGAAUCAAAACGAUGGAGGUUUUUAUGUUGCUAUGAAUCAAUCAAUACGAGAUUCUGAGAUAUACGAAAAUGAAACGGAUGAUGAUUGCCCAGGGUCUAAAAGGGAUUCAUGUUAUGAAGAAGUUGAAUUCCCAUUUUCGCAAAGUAGAAAGGAAGGAGAUGGUUCGUCAAAGGGUGUAGACCAGGAAGAAUUGCACUACCAUGAAGUGGAUCUUUCGGCACUUGCUUUGCCAUGCGAAGGUGAUAGUUUGCCAUGUGACGAUGUUUACGAAGACAUAGACAUGCCUGAGACUUCAUCAGUCUGUCCUACAAAGCCUAAACCUCAACGUCCUCCACCACCAGCCAAACCGACACGACAUGUUAGGUCUCAGAGAGCCACAACUAAGAGUGAAGGAGAGCCUCUCCCAUUCAAAACACCCCCAACAUCCCCUCCUAGGGUAUCCAGCAGUCUGGAUAGCAAGAUGUCGUUACACUCAAAGACAUCAAAGUACUCAAAAUCUGAUGACUUUGAAUACUUUGAUGAGGCACAACUUCAUCUGGCCAUAGCAGAGUCUUUAAAAGGCAUCAAGCAAGGUAAUAUUGGCAGACCACCAGCUCCACCCCCUAAAAAACUAAACUACGUUAAAGUUGAAACCGUAAAUGACUUACCAGUGAAGUCAACAAGUAAAAAAGCUCCCACUAAUUACAGUGAAAUAGUUCCAACAGAACAUCCCAAAUCAAGGUGCAAAGAAGAUGACAUGGAAUAUAUAGAUGAUUGCCAACUGCAUUUUUUUGACCAAGAAACAAGAAAAAUGGAAAAGAAACGCAAAGAGUUGAGGACUAUCAAGGGAAAUCCUUCAAACAAAGACCUCAAACACGAAAGCUCCAAACCAAGUGUCAUCAAAGAACAAGUUGAGAAUGGAUCAUGUGAUUCUAGCCAACAAAUCAACGAUGCGAGGGAUGUUAAAACGCAGAUUGAACAGGAAUCAUGUGAUGCAAGCAAACCAAUGAAACCCUUGGUUCCAAGCAGAAAACGUACAACAAAUACAAAUGAAGUAAAAAAGGGAAAUAGUUUUGCAACAAAUGUGGAGAGUACACCUGGAAAACCCAUAAAUACAGACUCCAUUAAAAAGCGUGCAUUGUUACCGCCUCCAAAACCAAAACGACUGUUUUUGAACAACGAAAAGCCCAAUGAUAAUACAAAUAAUCCACCAUUCAGUGGAAACAUUCCUCAAUCUCCGGCAAUGGACAGCAAUUCAUCUCAAUCCCAACAAAAAAGAGAAGGAACAAAGAAGAAGCCAUUGCCACUCCCUCGCAAGAAAGUAUAAGUGUAAUAAAUAGAAACCCCUGUAGAAGGAAAUGAAUUCAUCGGUGGUGGUGUCAUUUUUAUACAGUGAAAUGUGACGAAUUUAGUUCGAAUCAGUUAAGUAAAUAAUGUCGUCAAAUGAUGGAUUAUUAAUAUACUUCCAUUUGUUAAUACAAAUGAUUCUUUGGCGACAGACAUUUAAAGCUCACUUGAAGUUUAUAGCAGUGUUAUAGCGCGCACUGGACACUUCAGUUCACGGCCUGAGAGUUCUGUUAUUUUUGCAGCGCGAAUACUUUCAUUUUCCAAUCAAAUACUACAGAUUACUUUAAAUAUUUCAUAGAUUUACCUCUUUUAGCAUCAAAUGUGAACUUUUAGACGGGAUUUCUGCCAUUGUAGCUUGGAAACUUGCAGAGAUCACAGUACAACCGUCCGCCAUCUUUUAUGGCUUAGAGACCAAGUACAUCAUUUUGACACAGGGAUCCUGAAGGUGUAAAACAGGAACUCCACAAAACAAUUUUUUAAAUCUCAAUUAAAAGCAUCGUUUUCAAUCACAAUUUAUUUUUUUACAGCUCAAAACAAAGGUUAUCGUUUAAGUUACGAAGGCAUCAAUCAAGGGAAGCUUUCACAUUUUCUGUAUAUAGAUUUAUAUUUUUUGUAUGAAGAUGAAUAGAUUUUUUAACUUCGCUAUUGAAGUACGUAUAAAUAAUCAAAGAGCAAAACUAUUAUCUUUAAAGAACAGAGCAGGAUAGUUAGAAUCUUAAAGUUGUAAAAAAUAAUGCUGUAGAAAAUCAACCUAAUUAAAACAAAGGGUGUAAAAGUG